GAGUAACGUGAUGUGGUGCGGGGAGUGGGGAGUCCGUGUUUAUGAAGAGUCGAGGUUAUGUUUACAAACAAGAAAAUUGAAUGAAUAGUUCUGAACGUCCUGGAGUUAAUUAUUUGAUGGAAGCAGAUCCACAUGGCAUGUAAUAAACUAACGCGAAUGUAAGUCAUUUGUAAGUUUGAUGGCCACUCAAUACAAACAGUUUUUGAAUCUAUUGAAGAAGUGGCCUGUGGAUCCGACCAAGCGUGGCAGAGAUAUUGCAGAAUAUAUACAAGAAGAAGUGAAAAAAGCAUUCAGUCGUGGAAUUCUAUCAGUAGCAGAUGAAGAGAAAUGUUCUCGAAAUCUUGCGAGUUUAACAAGAUUGAAUGAUAAUGUGUAUGGACAGAAAUACAAGAGAACACGUGUAUCAUCUUCCACUGGACUAACCCGUGAAGAGUGUCACCAAGUAUUAUCAACAGAGUCUUUAGAGCUUUUUAAAGAAAGAAUCCUGCUUGUAAAAAUCAAGAAAUUGCAUACUCCAGUUUUAGCCCAGUCUGUAAUUGAUUUUCUUCAACCAAAAAAGGAGCAGAUUUUCAUUGAUAUGACAUUUGGAGCUGGAGGACACACAGAGUAUAUUCUGAAUGCCGCACCCAACACUAAAGUGUUUGCUCUUGAUAGAGAUCCUACUGCCUUCAAAAUAGCUAAUGAUUUAUCACAACGUUAUCCACACAGAGUUGUUCCUUUACUUGGAAAAUUCAGUGAUUUGCCUUCAUUGCUUCAUGAAGAAAAAGUAAAACCAAGUUCAAUAGACGGAAUCCUCUUUGAUUUAGGGUGCUCCUCUAUGCAGUUUGACAAAGCGUACAGAGGAUUUUCUGUUAGCAAAGAUGGUCCUCUUGAUAUGCGGAUGGAUGGAAAUCGAUUGCCAAACUCCAUAACUGCAGCAGAUGUUUUGGCAAAGAUAGAAGAACAUGAUUUAGCAAGAAUUUUAUCAGUGUAUGGUGAAGAGAAGAUGGCCAAAAAAAUAGCUCGGUCAGUUAUAGAAUCACGUUACAUGCUUCUUAAAUUGCAAACAACUCAUCAGUUAGCAGAGCUGGUUGCUGGGAUUUUUGAUUCUGAUAAAAGAAAAGAUAAAUUGAAACGACCUGCCCAUGUAGCUACAAAGACAUUUCAAGCCCUUAGAAUAUUUGUUAAUAAUGAAUUAAAUGAACUCAAUUAUGGAAUGACAAUUGCUCAUAGGUACAUGAAAGUUGGAGGAAAAAUUGUUAUAUUGUCUUUCCAUUCCUUAGAAGAUAGAAUUGUCAAAUGUCAUUUGAAUGAGAAUAUGGCUUAUAAUUCUGGGAAACUAAUGGGUCUAAAAGGAUUUGAUCCCACAUUUUACUGUGAUGAAAAAGAAUUGGCAAGUCUCAAAUCUGACAUUUGGAAACCGCUGUUGAAACAUGUUUUAAUUCCUUCUUCUGAUGAAAUGACAGACAACCCUAGAAGUCGGUCUGCAAAAUUGAGAGCAGCUGAAAAAAUUAAGUGA